CACGUACGCCUCAACCGGCCAAAACCUCACCCAAGACUACCAUUACACCGGAAUCUCAGUCGAAAACGAUCAUAAAUAUACCAGAAUCACAACAAAAAGUGACAAAUGUGGUUAAAACCGGUUCUGAGAAACUUAGAAGGAAGCAAGAAUGGGUUAGACAAAUGCGAUUGAAGUUCAGCACUCGGCCCGAAUUUGAAAUUACAAGAAACAUUUUAUAUCCGGACAGGACAUUAAAUCAAGACUAUUUUCGACUUCCAAAGUCAUUAACUCCUCAAUUGCAACGUAAAUGGACAGAGAAAGAACGUGACCUACUAAUAAAAGGUAUUCAGAAAUACGGCAUCGGCCAUUACAGAGAGAUUUCCGAUGAAUUUUUACUGGAAUGGUCAGCACAAGAUCUUCGUGUAAAGACUAUGCGUCUCAUAGGCAGGCAGAAUCUACAACUCUAUAAAGAUUGGAAAGGAGAUGUAGACGCGAUAAAAAAAGAGUACGAAAAAAACAAGAGGAUUGGAUUAAAAACGGGAAUGUGGAAGGCUGGCACGUUAGUUUAUGACGAAAAAGAAGUUGUCUUGAAGAUGAUUCAAGAACAAGAAAUGGAUGAUGAUGGCAAAAAAAGAUAA